UUCAAAAGGAAGGCAAAUGAGUUCCACAUGAAUUGAGUGAAAAUGCCAUUGUAAAUCGUUUGAAUAUCGCCAUGUCUUUGUUUGUCAGACAGAAAACAAAAAUUUUCUGUGGCGAAUUAUAACUGGAGAUGAAAAGUAGAUUUAUUUUGAUAAUCCAAAGCGAAAAAAAUCAUGGGUUGAUCCAGGACAACCAUCAACUUUGACACCAAAACGGGACAUUCAAGGUCACAAAACAAUGCUCUGUAUUUAGUAGGAUAUGGAAGGUGUGGUGUACUAUGAGCUUCUAAAACUGAAUGAAACAGUUAUUCUCGCGGCGAGUUUAAGGGGAAAAGCGUGGGCGGUUUUAGAAGGAAUGGAAGAAGAAUUCACUUAUCAGGAGAUUAGGGCUAAGCUAGAGUUUUGUUUCGGGGAGCAAUUUUGUUUUCAGAAAUUACGGGGGAGCGAUAUCAACAACAAUCGAACAAAUUGAAUGAUGAAUUGACGCAGAAAAGGUCAGCGAUAGCCAGCAAUAGAAGCAAGUGAUUUUGCACGUGAUUGCUUGUCCUUAUGUUGCUUCAAUCGUUAAACAAACAUUGUUAGAGCUCGAAUGGGAAAUCCUCCCGCAUUUAGCAUACUCUCCAGACCUAGUACCGUCUGAUUACCAUCUAUUCUGAUCGAUGCAACACGCUUUGGCAGAUACACACUUCAGUAAUUACGAGGAUGUGCAAAGAUGGGUGUCUAAUUGGAUUGCUUCGAAAGACAGACGACGUUCUAUUGUCGCGGAAUCGCUAUGUUGUCAGAAAGAUGAGAAAAAGUCGUAGCUAACGACGUAGCUAAAUAUCUUGAUUGACGUGAAUUUAACCUAAUUUCUUUAAAAUAAAGAUAAACAAAUUGACAAAAUAAGGCCAGGAUUAAUUCAACCUCUUAAUACAACGACGACCGUUUCUUCCUCGGAAGCAACGUCACUGUUGACGCGAUAGGGAUUAUCGCGAUGAGAGAUACAAAACGAUGUAGUCAUUUUGUAACGCCUUCGACAUUUACGGCGAUAAAAUUCGUGUCCAAAAUACACACACAGCCAUUCAUCCACACUCACUUACACCACAUAUUCCUAAUCAAACAGUCUCACACGUAUCUAGCCGACUGAUAGGUGUUUGAUGUUAUCGUGCAAGCUGGUUCCCCGAGCGAUUCGUCGCUCUUUUCGCGCAUGGUAACGACGGAUAUGGUCUUCGGAGGGGGAGGGGGGGGGGAAGUAGCAACACGCGACGGUCUGCCACGCAAACAGCCAUUAUUAAGCUGAGGGACAGUCCAUCCGCGUGGCACGCGCGUAAACACACGUUGCGACACUGUUGUGUCGUUCCUCGUCGCGGGAAAACCAACAGCGGUUCCCGUACGGAACGUGCAAUUUGGUUGCAAUUUUGCGCUGCAGUCGGCGUCUCCAUGGUUUAUGCAGCGCGAUAGUCGCCAAUGACUCAUCUAAUUCCGCUUUAAAGACCGCUCGGUCGUGAGCUAAUUCACAAAUUGCCCUUCCGAUAUACGAUUUCUCGUAAUUCGCCGUCUAUUAUCGUCGUUACGAUGCGGAAAAUGAACGUAAAGCGUAAAGCGAGAUUGUAAGAGCCGAUAAAAUAUUCCGCCGAGGGUGCAGGUAAUGCAGCCGCGUAAUAAUCCCGGCGAGCGUGCGUGCGUGCGCAAAAUCACGACGACUGCCGAUCGGGAUGGACUUCUUCGACAAUGAGUAUUACGGGCUCACCCGACAUCUCAUGACGUUGAUCGGCCUGUGGCCUUAUCAGACACCGAUGUGCCGUGUCGUCCGAUUGUGCUGCAUGACCGUCGUUCUCGUUUCGUCCAUACUGUUUCAGUGCAUGGUGUUUGUCACGAACGAGUACACAGUACCGCUAUUCAUCGAGGUUUUCUCGUUUAAUAUUCUCUGUAUAAUUUAUGCGCUGAAAUAUAAUACGGUGUACUUUAAGGCGAAUCAUGUGAAACAGCUCUUUAAUCAGAUCCAACAUCACUGGAACUUAAUCGAAAACGUGGACGAAUUGAAAAUACUACAGAAGUAUGCGAGUAAGAUCAGAUUUUUCACGAUCUUCUCUGGAUCGAUUGUUUAUCCAGGAACACUCGCAUUUUUUUUGACGAUGUUCGUGCCAAUUGUGCUCGACAUUGUGGCGCCUAUGGAUGAGCCACGUCCGCGACAAUUUCCGAUACAGCUGGAAUUAUUUAUUGACCAACAGAAACAUUUCUAUCUUCUUUGUAUUAUCAUUAUGAUAUCCGGUUUGUUAGGCAUGACGGUGCUCAUGGCGACGGAAAAUAUGUUUAUGAUAUUUAUGCAGCACGCUUGUGGAUUGUUCGAAAUUGUCAGCUAUCGCAUAACAUGCGCAUUCGACAAAUAUUCGCCGAAAACAACACCGUCGAAAAAUGAAUGGAGAGUUUGUGUUAAGUUAUUGAACGCUUGUAACAUUCACCAGCAAUGUUUGGAAUUCGUCGAGAAUGUACAAAGUAAAUUCGCAGCAUCCUAUUUAGUUCUAUGCAUAUUAGGCGUGGCGUCCUUGAGUGUCAAUAUGUUUCGCCUUUUUCUGGCGUUUGCAAUGCAUAAUGUGUCCGAAAUUAUUACUUCCGGCUUAUUCGUGUACGCCCACUUUUGUUACGUUUUUUGGAUGAACUAUUUCGGGCAGGAUCUGAUUGAUCAUAGCGAAUGCUUAUUUCAACAAAUAUGCAAUACGCAGUGGUGCACAGCACCGUUAUACGUGCAGAAAUUGUUAUUCAUCGUAUUACAACGAAGUAUGAAGACGAGCAAAGUCAUCAUCGGCAGUUUAUUCGUUGCAUCGUUAGAAGGUUUUGCCUCGCUCACUAGUAUGUCGUUGUCUUAUUGUAUGUUUAUAUACUCGACCAGCAAUUGAAACACACAACGACGAUUAUAGACCAGUGCAAAUGUAGACAUUGUUCUGAAAUCACCCGCAAGUGUGAAUAUAUUAGCAUCGACGAUAGCGAGAAACGAUCGGAUCUCAUCUGAUGACAAAAUUUGAAGUACGGAUAAAACGAAAUGUAUAUGAAAUAAACACAGUACAAUAUAUAUUAUGCA